GCGUCGAAUCAACUGUCAACUACCAACGGCUGUGACAGAAAACCGUUUCUCUCCAUUAGCCGCGAUUAGGGAGCGACUUUUUACCCAUUACGGGAGGUUUGAAUGGAUAGACAACUGGAAAUACUUUUGAAGACGAAGGAAGUUCAGUUUUUCUUGCUUCCAAGGUGUCUCUAAGAAGUUAUUUCCUCAGGCUUGUCAAUGAAAUGUGUCAAACAGGAGGAAACGCCCGGAGCUUCUCGGAAUACGGCAGUUCUGAGUGAAAAAGGUAGCAUUUCUACCUAAACCUACCCGCUUUUCAGGCAACUUUUAACUAAGCUCGACUUUCCUGAGGUAAAUGCUUGGCUUUCAGGACUUUGGGAAUAUCUGCGAGAGCUUUUCUACUAGCAGAAGGUUCAGAAGGUGCUGAUGAAAAACUCGCCUGGCGUGCCUUCGGGUCAGCUCUUUUACCUCAGUGCCACCUAAAUACCCCAGAAUACUUCUCAAACGGAGGCCAAGAAGAAGGACUAACUAACGAUUCUCUCGGGCUGGAUGCAGCUAUGAGUUUUCCCCGGUGCCCUGGAGCUCCUAACGUCCUCACACUGCUGGUUCUGCUCAUACAUGUGCUUUCAAGCGCUUUAGCCAAGAGACACGUUGUCUACUGGAACUCCACAAACACGAGGCUGACAAGUGACGACUACUCUGUCCAGGUGAACCUGAAUGAUUACCUGGACAUCCUGUGUCCUCACUACCCACCCGACUCCCCGCUGCAGGGCCCACCGGAGACGCUGGCUCUUUACCUGGUGGCGGAGAGCCAGUUUCGGGGUUGCCAGGAGACAAAAGGGGCAAUAAAGCGUUGGGAGUGUAACAACCCCCACGCCCCCUUCGGUCCUGUAAGGUUCUCAGAGAAAAUCCAGCGCUUCACACCUUUCUCCCUGGGCUUCGAGUUCCUUCCAGGACACCACUACUACUACAGCUCCCUGUCUACAGAUGAUGGGCCCCCCCUUCCUUGCAUGAAGCUGAAAGUCAGUGUGUGCUGCACGCCCACAACGACUCGACAAAAGCAGGAACCCAGUAAGGAAACUCAAGCUCCCUACAAUGGUGCCCAUCCUGGAAGACCCAGUUCACUCCCACUCCUUUCUCUUGUCCCUCUGUUUCUUGUUCUCUUUGCAUAAUCAUUGGAAGACUCAUCCCUAAUGAAGCUAAGAACCAACAGAUACAAACAGAGCAUCGACACAUCAACGCUGACAUGACAUAAAACCUUGCAUGGUAACUUUAUAUAAGAAGGGAAACAAUGAUGUUCUAGUAGAAAAAUCCACUGAUUGAAAACAUUCUGAAUAAUUCACUUGUUGAGAUGUAUACAAAGUCAUACCGAGCGGUUCAAGGUGAAAUGGUAUAUAGCAGUAAAGCUUACCCACUAAUUUUGUUACUGUGGUGGUGAAUGGAGCCAGGGGUCAUCAUGUCUACAAUACAAAUAUAGCCAUUUUAUUUACUGUCCAAAAGCACCAGUCAACUGACACGUGUCUUCUGAGUUGAUGGUAAAAUAGUGAUAAGGUUUUUUGGGGGGGGGAUUGUUUUGCAACACCAUGCAUGUAGUUUGUGAAUGGACUUAAUCUGUAUUCAUAACCUUUUUAUGUAAUAGUUUUCAUAACCGUUUCAUAACCAUAUUAAUACAUUUGUGUGAGGGAGCUUUUAGAAGCAUUAAACACUAAUGACGUCUGGUUCCCAUCGUCACCACUGUGAACAGUUCUGACUCCAUGAAUGGAGCAUUUGACAUCAAACCACUUUAAAUGACUGUUUACAUUAAAACAGUUGAAUUUUGAAAAAUCUGCUUCGACUUUAAUGUCAGAGGCGUAAAUUUGGACCAUUUCUAUUGGUCCACUCAUCAUGAAAUAUUAACAUAACGUAAAAGGAAUGUGGUCUUAUCAAAAAGAGGUACAAGGUUUGGACUCGACAGUGACCGUAUUCAGCCUCUAGACAAAUUAGAGCUCGUGCAUGUGGAAUCUCUUCCGAUAUCCAGUGCCUUUGCACACACAUAUACCCACCUCUUCACACACCCCACUCACUCUGUCAUUUUUGGAGUGGCACUAAUCUCUCUCCCUCCAUUUCCUCUCUCGCUCUGUUCACCGGCUGCCUACACUACCCCCCACCCCCCCACUCUCCGCUAUCCGCUCCGAUAGAGCUUCAGUCUGUAACAGGCCGACACUAAUCUACCUUCAAAGAGCUGGUCCUACUGUUUCCUUUCUCUUCAUCCUUCCAUCCUUAAAAAUCAGACAUUCCUUAACUGCCCCCCCUCCACACUCCAUCGCUCUCUCUCUCUCUUCUCUUACUGUACGUUACUACUGAACUGAGCCAAAGGGGACAGGACAGCAGUGGACGCCCCUACAGCACCUGCACUGCUGAGAAAGAAGCCCAAUAAAGGCUUGCUGUCCAUGUGUCAGCUUCCAAGGAGUAAGCUGGAUUUGAACUGCUUGUCUUUUUUCUGUCAUUUUCCUCCAUGCCGCCAAAGCAAGACCACAUUACCCUCAAAUGUUUAAUAAGUGGCAAAACUGUAUUCGCGAGCUUGUACAGAAUUUCUCGUUGAGGAUUUGAGUAAUGAAACAUACCUGAGAAGAUCUCUCAGGAAAAUGGUGGAACGCUCUGGACUGAAUAGGGCUACACGCGGACCAAAUCGGAAGAAGAACGCACCACUUCCUGCUCAGCCUCCGCACCAGUCAGCAAAAAAACAAAUCACAGAAGACGCCUCACUGUUCUUUUCUCAGUAAAGCCUCACCUGAUUGGUCGAUUUGUCUGACCACUGUCGGUCAAGUCUGAAGGUAAUUGGACAGUUCACUGAGCACUUAAUCAGGUUCGGAUGAUUUCUUAGUCUUUGCUGUUGUUUUUUUAAGUUCUAAGUCAGAUUUUUUUGAGGAAAACAAGUGUAAAAUAUUUUUCUAGAGGUUUUUCCUGUUCUGUCUACGUUUGUAGAAUUAUUUGUAUAAGUACUGGCACCCUCUAGCAGACAUGAUUCUGCCUGGUUAUUUCUCUGAAUAAGGAAUAUUUUUAGGUUAGGAUUAGAUUUUUUAAAUCUGUAGUUUAUGAAAUCAAGGAACCCAUUUUUUUUGCUACUUUUUAUUGCUUCAUGUUAUGAUGAAGAAAACGUCUAACGUAUUCAAGUCCUAAAAUUAUUUACUUUACAUUCAAAAGUUUGGAAUUUUCCGCAAUAGAAAAUGACAUGUGUAAAAAAACAAUUCUUCAAAGCUAAUCUUUACAGCUUUCAAAUAAUAGGGCCCUAGAAAGCUGUAAAUGAUUGUGUCCAGAAUGAAGAACGGAGGCAUAGCAGAUUCUAAAUGGACCGAGAAAGCUGUAGCACAUCUAGAAUUGAGGUAUAAUAAAGUUAAUCAAUAUUUGGAACUAGUCAUAUUUCGGAAGUGGAGAUCAAAUUUGAUCAAACCUAAUAUUUAUCUAACUUCAGGAAAUAUUGCAUCAAACAUCUGAAAAUACCUUUUGCUUAAUAGUUUAUAAUAUAUAAAUCCACCCCAUAGGAGUUGUUAUUGUAUACAAAAUAGCAAAAAUUGUUAAUUUUCCAAGUGGUUUCAACCUAGAAUGGUAAUGUACUUCCAUUGAAAAAUAAUUUAAUGAAAUCGUUAAACACAUGUUUAUGUUCCGUAGAUUAACUGUGGCUACAAUUGUACUGCAAACUUCUAUGCAGUAAUUUCUGUAUUUUUAUUUUGGGAAGUAUAUUGGAUGUGAAGGUUUCCUCCAUUUGUAUGGAAUAAUUACAAAUUCUAUUUUGAAUCGUGUCAGUGGGGAUGCCAGUACAUUACUUUAAAAAAUGAGGGUUUCCCAGAUUCAAACAGUCAUUUUACAGAUAAAAGGGUUUUGUACUGGAUUGUGUUUCUUCUUCUUUUUAGGAAUUUUGUUUGCUGUGUACGAUGUGUUUUUCACAUUUUAGUGAAGAGUUUGGCAUCUUCUGUGAAGAGCUACAAGCUUAAUCGUUUUGUUUACUGUGAAAUGAGCUACGCUGAAUAAAAACGGCAAGAAUUGA